AUGACCAACAUCUCCACGGUGAGGGAAUUCCUCCUGCUGGGAUUCUCGGAGGUCCGGGAGCUGCAGCUGGUCCAUGCCGCACUGUUCCUCCUGGUCUACCUGGCGGCCCUGGUGGGGAAUGUCCUCAUCGUCACCGUCACUGCCCUCGACCGGCGCCUCCACACCCCCAUGUACUUCUUCCUCAGGAACCUGUCCAUCCUUGACCUCUGCCUCAUCUCCAUCACUGUCCCCAACUCCAUCCACAACUCCCUUACCGACAAGAGAUCCAUCUCCCUAAUGGGCUGUGCCAUCCAGGUCUUCUCUGUGGUCUGGUUUGCCAGCUCAGAGCUGUUCGUCCUCACGGCCAUGUCCUACGACCGCUACACCGCCAUCUGCCUACCCCUGAGCUACGAGGUCGUCAUGGCUCGAGGGGCCUGUUGGAAGAUGGCUGCUGCCUCCUGGCUCAGUGGGGGCCUGUUUGGAGUCUUGUUUUUAGCUUCGAUCUUCUCCCUACCUUUCUGUGGGUCCAACAUUGUCCAGCAGUUUUUCUGUGACGUCCCCUACCUGCUGAAGAUCACCUGCUCCGAGGACCAUGUCGCCAUCGACGUGAGCGUCACCGCCGGGGUAGCUUUAGGCGUCGUCUGCUUCAUUCUCAUCAUCGUCUCGUACGUCCACAUCUUUUGGGCCGUGCUGAAGAUGCCGGCCGCCGAGGCCCGGACCAAGGCCUUCUCCACUUGCUUGCCUCACCUCGUCGUCGUCACAGUCUUUCUCUCAACGGCUGCCAUCGCCUACCUCAAGACCGCAUCAGACUCCCCUUCGGCACUAGAUCUACUGGUGUCCAUGUUCUAUACCGUGGUGCCACCCACUCUGAAUCCCCUCCUCUACAGUCUGAGGAACCGGGACAUGAAGGCUUCUCUGGGGAGAAUCCUAAAGGGG